ACUCUUUCUUCUUCGGAUCAUUCCUCUCCUCCCGCCAAUAACCCAAAAAAAAAACCCUUUCUCGAAAUCAGUUCUAGGGUUUUAACAAACAGCACAAAAAUGGCAGAAACCCAUUUUGAAAAAGGAGAUGAAGUUGAAGUAUGCUCUAAUGAAGAAGGUUUCAGAGGAGCAUGGUUUAGUGGAAAAGUAGUAAAGGCAGUAAACAAGAACAAAAAGGUUUACAUUGAGUAUGAUAAUCUAGUAGAAGAUGAGAAAACCUCAAAACCCUUGAAAGAAUUCAUUGAUGUAUUUCAUGUUAGACCCAUUCCUCCUCAAGAUUCUGAUUAUGAGAAGAAUAAUCAUAAAAUUAGUGAUUCUGUUGAUGCUUUUUAUGAAGAUGCUUGGUGGGAAGGUGUUGUGACUAAAAUUCUUGAAAAUGGGAAUAAAUUUGUUUUGUAUUUUAGAGAUUCUAAAGAAGAAUUGAAGAUUGACAAAGAUAAACUUAGAGUUCAUAGAGAAUGGGUUCAUGGUUCUUGGGUUCCACCACCCUUGGAUGAGGAACAAUCUCAACAACAGAAGAAGGAACACCCUCAGCGUCAGGAGGAGAUGCAAAAACCUCAACUGCAGGUUAAGGAACAACAACCUCAACAACAGGAGGAGGAGAUUGUGCAGUCAUCUUGGAUUAAGGUGGGAGAUACUGUAGAAGUGACUGGCUUUGCUGGAUCUUGGUUCGAUGGGACUGUCGUGAAAAAGAUUAAUGAGAACAAGUACCUUAUAGAGUAUCUAAAUUUGAAGUCAGAAGAUGAGACAAAGCUCUUGAGAAAAGAAGUAGAGAUCAAGUGUAUCAGGCCUAUCCCUCCUUACAAUCCAAAGCUCGAAAGUUACAGCUUGCUCCAAGAAGUUGAUGCUGAAAUCUCGAAUGGUUGGUGGUGCGGGGUGAUAUCCAAAGUUCUUAGUGACUCAAAGUAUAUUGUCUUCUUCAGGGAAAGCUCAGAAGAGUUGGAGUAUGACCAUUCUCAGUUGAGGCCCCAUCAGGAUUGGGUUGGUGGGAAGUGGGUCAGAGCUUCCAUGGCACCUUAGCUGUCUGUUCACUAGACAAAGUGUACGAAAUCCACCCAGAGUUUUGCAUCAGUUAUUGACGUGUUCCCACCGUAUCUGAAAUACUAAAUUCAUGCGCAAGUCUUCUUCAAGCUAUACACAGUUCUGUUGUGGGUAAAGGAAUUUCAGCGUAACCUUUUGGUAGAUUUUCCUAACUGUUACAAUCUUUGGAAGGAAGACUGCUGUAGUAGUAAAUAACUUCUCUUGUUAAUAUUAAUAUUUUGCUUACUCUGAAAGCUGGGGGUUAUUA